GGGGUUCCUUUUUAUAAACCAUAAUCGUCCCCCGGGGCAACCGAACAAGCGGGAUUAUAUCCCGAGUGGGCGAAUAUAAAAAGAGAUUGGUCCCGUCAUUGCAUUCAAGUGGAUUGAAGAAAAAGCCGACUGCCAAACAUACAUCACUAAAGAUUCAUCAACAUGUACGCCUCUAUUCUUCUCACCUCUCUUCUCGCCGCCGGCGGUGCCCACGCUGCCGUGGCGCAGGGCUCAUGGGGCGUCCGCGCAGAUUACACCCGCUGCGACACCACAACCCCCCUAGAAGUCGUCCUUGACGGCGCAUCCAGCCAAUCCUCCCCUUCCCCCAACAUCACAGACUUCUCCAUCCCCGCCCCCUUCUCCGGCUCCCUCGUCAUCAAAGUCGCCGGCGCAGUCGGCUACGGCUCGCCCUACCCGCCCCAACAAGUCGGCGUCGAGGUCUUCGCCGCCGCGACGGCCGGCGACCCCGGCGCCUGGGCCAACGCGACGGUGACGCCCGGUGUCGGCCAGCCGGCUUCCGUGGCGCAGAUUGCGUGGAACACGAGAAGCGACGUGACUGUUGCGCCCAAGGAGGGUGAGACGGUUUCGUUGGAGACGAUUUUUGAUGGCGGGAGUUUGGUCGUUUACUACUGCGGCCUUCCGGAGGCUGGUGGACCUGUCGCGUAAGGCGGGUGCUGUGAGGAUCGGAGGAAACGGGGAGGCAAGCUUUGAAUCAGAUAGAUUUUCAGUGUUGAAU